AUGACCCAACGAUCCUCUAUCACCAUCAAGUCAGGAGGCUCUCGGAACUUCAGUGCUUCCUCAGCCAACCUCCUCUCAGGCUGCCGGCCCAGCUUCAGUUCCAUCUCCAUGAUCCAGAGUGGGAAGAGCUUCGGGGGUGGCUUUGGAGGUGGCUUUGGAACCAGGAGCCUCCACAGCUUUGGGGGUAACAAGAGAAUCUCCAUCAGCAGUGGCUACCGCUCCAACCGGACCAGCUUCGGGGGUGCUGGCUAUGGGCUGGGUCUUGGGGGCAUAGGGUACAGAGUGGGAGGAGUUGGCAGUGGCUAUGGGUUUGGAGGUGGGAUGAUGUCUGGCGCUGGAGGUAUCCAUGAGGUCACCAUCAACCAGAGCCUCCUGACUCCCCUUCACCUGGAGAUCGAUCCGUCCCUCCAGCGGGUGCGAAAGGAGGAGAGGGAGCAGAUCAAGACCCUUAACAACAAGUUCGCCUCCUUCAUCGACAAGGUGCGGUUCCUGGAGCAGCAGAACAAGGUCCUGGAGACCAAAUGGAGCCUCCUGCAGGAGCAUAAAGCGACCAGGGCCAAUCUCGAGCCCAUGUUUGAAGGUUACAUCAACAACCUGAGGCGGCAGCUGGACAGCCUUGGGGGAGAGCGCUCGAGGCUGGAGGUGGAGCUGAAGAGCAUGCAGGAAGUAGUGGAGGACUUCAAGAACAAGUAUGAAGAGGAAAUCAACAGGCGCACAGCAGCUGAGAAUGAGUUUGUGGUGCUCAAGAAGGAUGUGGAUGCUGCCUACAUGAGCAAAGUGGAACUGGAGGCCAAGGUGGAAGCCUUAAUGGAUGAGAUCAACUUCCUGAGGUCUUUCUAUGAAGCGGAGCUGGCACAGCUUCAUGCCCAGAUCUCCGAGACCUCUGUGGUCCUGUCCAUGGACAACAACCGCAAGCUAGACCUGGACAGCAUCAUCUCUGAGGUCAAGGCCCAAUAUGAGGACAUCGCCAACCGCAGCCGGGCCGAGGCUGAGUCCUGGUACCAGAUCAAGUACGAGGAGCUGCAACGUUCUGCCGGCCGGCACGGGGAAGACCUCCGCUCCACCAGGAUGGAGAUCUCUGAGUUGAACCGGGUGAUACAGAGGCUGCGCUCUGAGAUUGAAAACGUGAAGAAGCAGUGUGCCACGCUCCAGGCUGCCAUCGCCGAUGCUGAGCAGCGUGGGGAGCUGGCCCUCAAGGAUGCCAAGCACAAGCUGGCCGAGCUGGAGGAGGCCCUGCAGAAGGCCAAGCAGGACAUGGCGCGGCAGUUGCGUGAAUAUCAGGAGCUGAUGAACGUCAAGCUGGCCCUGGACAUUGAGAUCGCCACCUACAGGAAGCUGCUGGAGGGCGAGGAGUGCAGACUCACUGGAGAAGGUGUCGGGCCCGUGAAUAUCUCCGUGGUCUCCUCCUCCGGGGGCUCGGGCUACAGCGGGGGCGGCGGCCUCUGCGUGACCGGGGGCGGCUAUGGCUUCGGCAGCAGCGGCUUCGGCAGCAGCGGUGGUAGCUUCAGCUCCACCAGCGGCCGUGGCAUGAGCGGCACCAGCUCCAGCAUGCGCAUCAUCUCCAAGACCUCGUCCAGCAAGAGUUACAGGAGCUAA